AUGUCCACUUACUCCAAAAUGAUCAAGAAUCAGAUCAUCACCAGCAAAUUCAGCGGAUUAUACCGUCACCAACAGCACCACGUUUGCCUCUUGUGGGGAAAUUGUGUUGUAAUUCCAGAAGCAGGACGCCAAAUCUUACUGACAAUGCUGCAUGCAGCACACCCAGGCAUUGUGAGGAUGAGAGCGCUGGCUAGAAGUUAUGUAUGGUGGCCAGGUAUAGACAAUGACAUAGAAAGGGUCAUGAAGGAGUGCAGCAUUUGUCAAGCAACCCGUCAUAAUCCACUGAAGGCACCAGUAUUCCCCUGGGAAAUGACAAAGGAAACCUGGUCAUGCAUCUACAUUGAUUUUGCUGGCCCUUUCCAAAGUAAGAACUUUUUAAUUGUUGUUGACUCAUACUCAAAAUGUCUUGAAGUGAUUACUGUCUCAACUCUUACAUCAGCUGCCACUAUAACAGCUCUCCGUCAGCUGUUUGCAACCCAUGGGGUGCCCGACACUAUCGUUCCUGAUAAUGGCAGUGCAUUCCCCUCAGCAGAUUUCCAAGAUGCCAGCCACAACGUCAUUCGAACUGUUACCAUUGCACCUCGCAGGCCACCGGCCAAUGGGCAAGCUGAGCGAAUGGUGCAGACUGCAAAAGAUGCACUGAAAAGGAUUGUUGUAGGAGACUGGCCAGAUUUCUCUUUGCUCAACAUGUAA